GCCUAGAGAAAAUGUAAGCAGGAGACAAAAAGAGAAGAAGAGAGACAAAAGGAUGAAUUUCUUCUGUAUAAUCGCCACCUUGGUGUUCUCCAUAAUCAUCAGUAUCUUGUUCUAUAUACUGAAUCUAACAAUCAGAAUAUUCGCCGGAAAAUCCAUAAACAGCCCGGAAUAUGCUCCGGUCCACGCCACCAUUUUCUUCUUGUUCUUCCACGGCCACGACAUAUACGAUCACGAGACCGAAAUCGCGAGAAAGACGCCAACUUUCAGGCUAUUAGCUCCGGGACAAAGCGAGAUAUUCACCGUCGAUCCUCGUAACGUCGAGCAUAUUCUCAAGACGAGGUUCGACAACUACAGCAAAGGGCAAUACGCACGUGAUAUACUCUCGGAUCUUCUCGGACAUGGAAUAUUCGCCGUCGACGGAGACAAGUGGAGACAACAGAGGAAACUUUCGAGCUUCGAGUUCUCGACGAGAGUCCUUAGGGAUUUCAGCUGUUCUGUUUUCAGAGGAAACGCAGCUAAGCUUGCUGGAGUUUUCAUGGAGUAUGCUCUUUCUGGCCAACCCUUUGAUGCUCAAGAUUUGCUGAUGAGAUGCACAAUGGAAUCUAUUUUCGAAGUGGGGUUUGGAGUGAGUUUGAGGUGUUUGGAAGGGAUGAGCAUAGAAGGGAAAGAAUUCAUGAAGGCUUUUGACGAAGCGAACACUACGACCAGUUUCAGAUUCGUCGAUCCUCUUUGGAAACUGAAGAGAUGUCUAAACAUAGGAUCAGAAGCCAAACUUAAAAGGGACAUUGCUACUAUUGACAACUUCGUCUGCAAUCUCAUCCGCACCAAGAGGAGACAACUUUCCUCACGACAAGAAUCUGAUGGUAAGGAGGAUAUACUAUCGAGGUUUCUUGCGGAGAGCGAUAAAGAUCCAGAGACAAUGAAUGACAAGUACAUGAGGGAUAUCAUACUUAACUUCAUGAUAGCCGGGAAAGACACAAGUGCAGCUGCUCUUUCAUGGUUCUUAUACAUUAUCUGUAAGAAUCCACUUAUUCAGGAGAAGAUUGCUCAAGAAGUAAGGGAAGUCACUGGAAGUGAAGGGGAAACAAUGAAAACAGAGGAUUUCAUUCAAAGAAUAACAGAAGAAUCUCUUGACAAGAUGCAUUAUCUCCAUGCAGCCUUGUCUGAAACCUUGAGGCUUUACCCUCCAGUUCCUGUGGAUAUGAGGUGUGCAGAAAGUGACGACAUUCUCCCGGAUGGAUAUAGAGUGAAUAAAGGCGACAAUGUUUACUACAUUGCCUACGCGAUGGGUAGGAUGACAACCAUUUGGGGUGAAGAUGCUGAGGUUUUUAGACCUGAGAGGUGGCUCAAGAAUGGAAUUUUACGGAUCGAAUCACCUUUCAAAUUCAUAAGUUUCCAUGCUGGUCCAAGAAUCUGUCUGGGAAAGGAUUUUGCAUACCGACAAAUGAAGAUCAUAUCAAUGGUGCUUCUUCGUUUCUUUCGCUUCAAAUUGGUCGAUGAGAAGAGAAAUGUGACUUACACUAGAAUGCUUACACUUCAUGUUGAUGGAGGGCUUCAUCUAUAUGCAUCCCCGAGGGCAAAAACUUGAUUUUACAUUAAAAGUUUUCUAUAUUUUUUUGUAAUUUUGUUAAGUUUUCUACAAUGUAGUUUGAAAAAUAAAUGAUAACAUUCUACUGCUAAGCAAUACAUAAAAGGUGUAAUUAUCACAUAAACAAUUUUUAGAGAAGU